GGGCCAGGUUGGCCCGUUCUCCGCCCUCGUGAGCAGGAAGCGCGUGUGGGGGCCUCGAGCGCAGGCGGCCGGACCAGCUGCGAGGCGGGCGGGCGGGCGCGCGGCCGGUGGGGCCUAGCCUGGCAUUCCUGCAGCAGAACUUCCUUUGCGGCCCAUUGGAUUCCUAGCAAAGGCUUACCUGUCCAAGUCAGUCGUAAAAAUGCACAUUAAGUCCAUCAUUCUCGAAGGAUUCAAGUCCUAUGCCCAGAGGACUGAAGUCAAUGGUUUUGACCCCCUCUUCAACGCUAUCACGGGUUUAAAUGGCAGUGGGAAAUCCAACAUAUUGGACUCCAUUUGUUUUUUGCUGGGCAUCUCCAAUCUGUCUCAGGUUCGGGCUUCUAAUUUACAAGAUUUAGUUUACAAAAAUGGGCAGGCUGGUAUUACUAAAGCCUCAGUCUCAAUCACCUUUGACAAUUCUGAUAAAAAGCAAAGUCCUUUAGGAUUUGAAGUUCAUGAUGAAAUUACAGUAACAAGGCAGGUGGUCAUUGGUGGCAGAAAUAAAUAUUUAAUCAAUGGAGUAAAUGCAAACAAUACCAGAGUACAGGAUCUCUUUUGUUCUGUUGGCCUUAACGUUAACAACCCUCACUUUCUCAUCAUGCAGGGCCGAAUCACAAAAGUAUUGAAUAUGAAACCUCCAGAGAUUUUGUCCAUGAUAGAAGAAGCAGCUGGAACCAGGAUGUAUGAAUACAAAAAAAUAGCUGCCCAAAAAACUAUAGAAAAAAAGGAGGCUAAGCUGAAAGAAAUUAAGACGAUACUUGAAGAAGAAAUUACUCCAACCAUUCAGAAAUUAAAAGAGGAAAGAUCUUCCUACUUGGAGUAUCAAAAAGUAAUGAGGGAAAUAGAACAUUUGAGUCGUUUAUAUAUUGCUUAUCAGUUUUUGCUUGCUGAAGAUACCAAAGAACGCUCAGCUGAGGACUUAAAAGAAAUGCAGGAUAAAGUUCAAAAGCUUCAAGAGGAAUUGUCUGAGAAUGAUAAAAAAAUAAAAGUGCUUAAUCAUGAAAUAGAGGAGUUGGAAAAAAGAAAAGAUAAGGAAAUUGGAGGUGUACUCCGAUCUUUAGAAGAUGCUCUUGCAGAAGCUCAGCGAGUUAAUACUAAAUCUCAAAGUGCCUUUGAUCUCAAGAAGAAAAAUCUGACAGGCGAAGAAAACAAACGCAAAGAACUGGAAAAAAAUAUGAUUGAGGAUUCUAAAACUUUAGCAGCAAAGGAAAAAGAGGUUAAAAAGAUAACAGAUGGGCUGAACACCCUUCAAGAAGCAAGUAAUAAAGACGCUGAAGCUUUGGCUGCUGCACAACAGCACUUUAAUGCUGUUUCCGCUGGCCUGUCCAGUAACGAAGAUGGAGCAGAAGCAACUCUUGCUGGUCAAAUGAUGGCCUGUAAAAAUGACAUAAGUAAAGCUCAGACAGAAGCCAAACAGGCUCAGAUGAAAUUGAAGCAUGCCCAACAAGAAUUAAAGACUAAACAAGCUGAAGUUAAGAAGAUGGAUAGUGGCUACAGGAAGGAUCAAGAAGCUUUAGAGGCUGUGAAGAAGCUUAAAGAAAAACUUGAAGCCGAAAUAAAAAAGCUAAAUUAUGAAGAAAACAAGGAGGAAAGCCUUCUGGAAAAGCGCAGGCAGCUGUCACGUGAUAUCAGUAGAUUGAAAGAAACAUAUGAAGCUCUCUUGGCCAGAUUUCCCAAUCUUCAAUUUGCCUACAGGGAUCCAGAGAAGAACUGGAAUAGAAAUUGUGUGAAAGGACUUGUAGCUUCUUUGAUUAGUGUGAAAGAUACUUCUGCAACCACAGCUUUAGAAUUGGUGGCUGGGGAACGACUCUACAAUGUUGUAGUAGACACAGAGGUUACUGGAAAAAAGCUACUAGAAAAGGGGGAAUUGAAGCGUCGAUACACUAUAAUUCCACUCAAUAAAAUUUCAGCCACAUGUAUUGCUCCAGAAACCCUGAGGGUCGCUCAGAAUCUUGUUGGCCCUAACAAUGUUCAUGUGGCUCUUUCCCUGGUUGAAUACAAACCGGAACUUCAGAAAGCAAUGGAAUUUGUCUUUGGAACAACAUUUGUUUGUGACAAUAUGGAUAAUGCAAAAAAAGUAGCCUUUGAUAAAAGGAUAAUGACUAGAACUGUAACUCGAGGAGGUGAGGUAUUUGAUCCUCACGGGACACUGAGUGGAGGUGCUCGAUCCCAGGCGGCUUCAAUUUUAACCAAGUUUCAGGAGCUCAAAGAUGUCCAAGAUAAGCUGAGAAUCAAGGAGAAUGAACUACAGGCUCUAGAAGAGGAAUUAGCAGGUCUUAAAAACACUGCUGAAAAGUAUCGCAAACUAAAACAGCAGUGGGAGAUGAAAACCGAGGAGGCAGAUUUAUUACAAACCAAGCUCCAGCAAAGUUCAUAUCACAAGCAACAAGAAGAAUUAGAUGCUCUUAAAAAAACCAUUGAGGAAAGUGAGGAGACCUUAAAAAACACCAAAGAAAUUCAAAGAAAAGCAGAAGAAAAAUAUGAAGUAUUAGAGAAUAAAAUGAAAAAUGCAGAAGCUGAAAGAGAGAAAGAGCUGAAAGAUGCUCAGAAAAAACUUGAUUGUGCCAAAACAAAAGCGGAUGCUUCCAGCAAGAAAAUGAAAGAAAAACAACAGGAAGUUGAAGCUAUCACUCUGGAACUAGAAGAGCUCAAGAGAGAGCAUGCAUCCUGUGAACAACAGCUUGAAGCUGUAAAUGAAGCCAUCAAAUCCUAUGAAGGUCAGAUUGAAGUGAUGGCAGCUGAGGUGGCUAAAAGUAAGGAAUCAUUAAAUAAAGCUCAAGAAGAGAUGACCAAGCAAAAAGAAGUGAUAACAGCCCAGGACAAUGUAAUUAAAGCUAAAUAUGCAGAAGUGGCAAAGCAUAAGGAACAAAACAAUGAGUCUCAGCUUAAAAUUAAGGAACUGGACCACAACAUCAGCAAACAUAAACGGGAAGCUGAAGAUGCUGCUGCAAAGGUAUCCAAAAUGUUGAAAGAUUAUGACUGGAUUAAUGCAGAGAAACACCUCUUUGGACUACCCAAUAGUGCCUAUGAUUUCAAAACUAAUAACCCAAAAGAAGCUGGUCAGAGACUUCAGAAGUUGCAAGAAAUGAAGGAAAAACUAGGAAGAAAUGUCAACAUGAGAGCUAUGAAUGUACUAACAGAAGCGGAAGAGCGGUAUAAUGACUUGAUGAAGAAGAAGAGAAUUGUAGAAAAUGACAAAUCCAAAAUACUUGCAACUAUAGAAGACCUUGACCAGAAGAAAAACCAAGCCCUGAACAUUGCUUGGCAAAAGGUGAACAAGGACUUUGGGUCUAUUUUUUCUACUCUUUUGCCUGGUGCUAAUGCUAUGCUUGCACCACCAGAGGGGCAAACCGUGUUGGAUGGUCUGGAGUUCAAGGUUGCCUUAGGAAAUACUUGGAAAGAAAACCUAACUGAACUUAGUGGUGGUCAGAGGUCAUUGGUGGCUUUGUCAUUAAUAUUGUCCAUGCUCCUCUUCAAACCUGCUCCAAUUUACAUCCUGGAUGAGGUCGAUGCAGCCCUGGAUCUUUCUCACACCCAGAACAUUGGGCAGAUGCUGCGUACUCAUUUCACACAUUCUCAGUUCAUUGUGGUGUCCCUAAAGGAAGGUAUGUUCAACAAUGCAAACGUCCUUUUCAAAACCAAGUUUGUGGAUGGUGUUUCUACAGUAGCCAGAUUUACUCAGUGUCAGAAUGGAAAGGUCCCAAAGGAAACCAAGGCCAAGGCAAAAGGACCCAAGUGAUCACAUGUGGAAGUUUAAAGUAUGAAUUUACUUCUUCACCUUGACCUGCUUUUUAAACAGACUUUUAAAGAACCUGGGAUUUAUCUCAUUUGUUUAUAUAAAGAUUUAAUGUUUUUUAUUACUUGAUCCAUAUUUUCUCUUCCCUUAUAUAAUCACUUAUAAAUGAAUAUGAUUUCUCUUUUCUUAGUUUAACUAUGGCCCAAUUACUGUGAUUGUGAUUUUAUGCAUGUCAUCAAUUAUUUUUCUUACACAAGUCUUGUAGAGUAGGGAGCCUGAGAUACCUGUUUGGUGGGAAAUUCCGUUUGUAAAAGCAAAAAUACAAAGAAACAGGUAAAAUUAGAUUAUGGGAUAAAUAUAGCUGAUAAUCAGCUUUUAGUUUAAUUCCUAAGAUAAUAUUAAUGUAUUUUCUAUUGCUAAUAAAGUCAUUAGGUAAGGAAGAAUAAAAAAGCAAGGAGCUGGACCAACAACGGGAACACAGAGCAAGGUGUUAGGCACAUUCUGAGUUAUUUGUGGUUAGUUUCUUGAGAACACAAUGCUAGAUCCCUGAUUCAGACUCAAAUGACAGAAAUCAAGACCUAUUUCCCAUUUUGUGAUGUUUGAAUAUCAUGUUUCUAGAUGCUCAGUAAUUGAUCUGUACAUGCGUACAUUUUUAAAAAAUUUAUAAAUAUUUCUGUAGGAGUUUAGGAGAAAGGUAUGUUGCUUGCUGCUCUCUGGUGCAAGUUUAUCUGAAGUCUCCCAAUACUUCUGUCAAUCUAAUCAAUAACAAUCUGUUGUUGGGUGUGAAUGUAGAAGCCAACAUACCAAAUAAAAUUUACCUUUUUCUUCAGUCUAAGAUAUUUGUAAGUAAAUUAGAUCCAUCUGUUUAACCAAAAGAACUCAAAAUUUGAUUGUUUCUUAGUGUCUUCUACUCUCCAGUUCAAAAGAUUGUGCUGACAAACAACCUAAGAAUAGUUGUUAGUGUCUAUAGGUAUAUUAUCACCAGUGUCUCCAAACUCUGAAUCUUGAAAUCUCUGACAUGAUCUCAUCUGAUCUUGGGUAUAUUAUUUUGAUCCCACAUCCCUUCAUAUUUCAGUUCUAAUUCCUUUGUUUUUCCUUUCCCUAAUAUAUGCUGAUACUUCUUGGUCAUGGGUUUAAUAUUUUUCAUUCUUCAUUUUUAUACAUAUGUGAGGAUGUCAGAUAGCACUCAGGUAACUGAUAUUAUGGGAUACCUUGAAAAGGAUUGAAUCUGGAAUUAGUCCUGACUACUGUGGGAGGCUAGGGGAGUACUAGUAAAUGCUGAGUUACAGGAAGCCCAAUAUCACAUAGAACAGACAUGAGAAAAUUUUUAUUUUCUCUCAAAUGCAUUGCAAAUUAUUUGCCAAAACAGUUUACACUGUCACAAUAUAGUAUACCUGUUGGCCACAGCCUAGUCAGCAAGGCUGUUAAUUUUAAUACUUAUAACUUACUAGUUAUAAAAUGGCACUUCAUUGUUAUUUAACUAGUAUUGUGUAAAUAACCCGUGGGGUGAGUAUUGUUGCCAUGUGUACUAAUUUUCUUUCCUUUGCUACAAAUUAUCUAUUUGUUUGCUUUCCUAAUUUUUGUCAUUUGCUCUUUGAUGAAAAUCCUCAAACAUUAAAUUUUUGUAAGUAA